AUGACUAGUCAGGCUUUGUGUUUGACAAAGCUGACAAAUCAUAAAGGUAUAUUUGGAUAUCCGUUUUCUUCUUUGGAAUUGGAUAAGCACAUGCGAUAGAAGUAGAAAUUCAUAUACACAGUUUGACCUUAGAGACAGACACGGGACACCCACCAUGGGAAUCGUCGGAAAUCUCAGUCCCGACCAGCUCCAUUCCUUCGACUCUCAAGGUUUUAUUGUGAUUGAAUCGUUUGCGAGCACCGAAGAAAUUGACGCUAUGAUGAAGAGAAUGGGCCAGUUGCUGGAUGAGUUUGACUGCUCCACCUCCUCAGUUUUCUCUAGCAAGAAUCAGCAAGAGUUGAGCGACAAUUACUUCUACGAAAGCGCCGAGAAAAUCUCCUUUUUCUUCGAGGAGAAAGCUUUUGGGGCUGAUGGAAAGUUAAAGCAACCAAAACAACUUUCCAUCAACAAAGUUGGCCAUGCGUUACAUGAGAUUGACCCAGUAUUUAAAAAAUUCUCCUGCUCUGAGAAAGUUUCAAAUAUGAUGUUCUCUUUGGGUUACAAAAGGCCAGUGAUCAUUCAGUCCAUGUACAUUUUUAAGCAACCUGGUAUCGGAGGUGAAGUAGUGCCACACCAGGAUAACUCAUUUCUUUAUACUGAACCACCAACUUGUACGGGGCUGUGGCUCGCUCUUGAAGAUGCCACAAUAACCAAUGGUUGCCUUUGGGCCUUUCCUGGAUCUCAAAAAAAUGGGCUUGUUAGAAGGAUGAUUAGAGGGGAAGAGGGGGGGGUUUCCUUUGACCGGCCUUCCCCAACAUAUGACCAAAAAGAUUUUUUGCCUAUUGAAGUGAAAGCUGGGUCUUUGGUUAUGAUUCAUGGUGAUCUUAUUCAUCAAAGUUUUGAGAACCAGUCCUCAAAAUCAAGGCAUGCCUACAGCUGGCAUGUGGUGGAUACUGAUGGCUGCAAAUGGGCCCCUGAUAAUUGGAUCAGAAGAAAAGUGGAGCCUGAGCCCCUCUAUGUACCUUAAUAUAUCUGUCCAAUCCAUCAACGGUCUUUUCUACAAAUGGUGGACUUUUGCAUCUCAUGCUGAAUUAUUUACCCUCCGUUCAGUCCGUUGUAUAUAACUUUGUAAUGGGUAUGUGGUACUUACUAUUAGGAUUUAUGCUUUUGCCUUUGGUGGCCAUAGACAACUGUUUCGUCUUUUAUUUAUGUUUCCCUUUUAAAAGAGAUACUGUAUCUGCCUGAAGAUGUAGUCAGAAUAAAUUUGUCCUGCAUAGCUUGCCACUUACUAUCAUGCAAUGUAUUAUUCAAAUAAGUAUUUCCUUCCCAAAGAAGUACCUUUUGUCUCUAUUAAUGCUAUCUGGUCUUGAGAUUUGUGGACCAACCUUUUAAGUUGAACCCUGCAGUA